AAUUAGUAAAAUUACUUUUAGUUACAAAAAUCAUUUUUUACAAAGCACUAAAUCUACCCACCACCAUUAAUUUAGUAGAAAAUGUCCGUUUCAUACGACUUCAGUGGCAAAGUGGCCCUGGUCACCGGUGCCAACACACGCGUUGCUGUGUCCACAGCCAUACUGUUCGCCAAAUCGGGCGCCAGUGUUGUAGUGAGCGGACAGUACGCCGACAACCGACUCACUACCGUAGCCAAUGAGUGUCGCAGUACUGGCGCUCAAGUACUGGAAAUGGCGGCCGACCCCACCCGGGAGGCAGACCUGCAAAAACUGGUCGACAAAACUAUGACGACUUUUUGCUGAAUCGACAUUUUGGUCAACUGUCCCGUCAGUCACGAGAACGCCUCCAUUACUGAGCCAUCAUUUAUGGCUAAGUAUAGGGAGACUAUGCACACAAACCUGGAGGCCAUGGUAUUCAUGACCACCAUAUGUGUGGAGCAUUUGGAGAAGACCCGGGGCACCAUUAUCAACAUGUCCAGCAUUAGAGGAGCUCAUGCUAGUCCGAAAGAGUCGGCGUAUUGUAUGGCAAAGUCGGCGAUUGAUAUGUUCACCAAAUGUAUGGCCACUGAGUUGGGACCCAAAGGCAUACGAGUUAAUAGUAUUAAGUAAGUUGUGUUUUGGGUCUCCCUCUCUCUCUCUCUCUCUCUCUC